AAACACACUGUUUAUCAGCUUGCAUGUGCCCACCGUUUCUGUCGGAUGCCAAUGUGCCACCAGUUCAUAGUGGUGCCUUUGUGCCGCGUUGCAUCAUGGGAGCCGUGCAGCACCUGUGCACGGGCGGGCGCGGGCAUUGAGCGCGCGCAGCGCUGCACCCGCUCAGCUCGGGUUUCUCCGCGCACCGACAGCGAGGCAUCGCUCCGGAUUUUUCCCCCGCAGGUUGAUUUGUCCAGCGUCUUGCUGUAUCGACUGCGACGGGGAACCACACGGGACCAGGAAUGAGGACUUUCCCCAAAAACAGAAGCUGCGAUGUUUACAGCGUAUCCGGUUUAGGACACUGUGGAAGCGCGGACUCACCUGUACAGGAUAUUAAACUAAAGGAGCCGAGCACCUUUAACAGUGAGACUCAGGCCGGGUCAGACAUCAAGCAGCCGGUGGACAGGAGAGCCACCUUCAGGACAUGGCGAAAGUGGGCGCUGGGAGCUGCCCCCCUCAUCCCUUUAUCCACCGCAGUUGCACUGACGCUCCAUUUCUUUGCAUCAUCCCCGUCUUCCACAGUGUUCUUCCUGGGAGGAAGCUUGGAGUUUUCCAACCUCAGCUUCUCACCAGAGCUGGCCGAUCCUUCCUCCACACAGUUCCACCUUCAGUCUCAGGCUCUCGGCCCCUAUUUCUCAGAGUUAUAUGAGUCGUCACCCUGGAGGCCAUACUACCGCCGCUCAGGGAUUGUCGCCUUUAGUGAAGGAGUGAACGGGCUCAAUGUUUUCUUCUGGAGUAAAUUCUCCACUCCUUCAGCGGCCGUUGCGGAGGAGCUACAGAGAUCUAAACCUGCCUGGAUGCAGCGGCAUUUUCCCGGCACCCACAAGGUUCUUCACAGCAGACUGGAGGAGCAGUAUUACCUGGCCAAGGAUGAAGACACACUAAGACUCCUGGGUUUGAAUUUAGACACUGAGGAUGAUGAUGAUGAUGACAUGGCAGAUAAGAUAAAGAAUCCCAACAAUUUGCAGAAUGGCAAAUGGCAGCUUGGACUUCAGGCCAUGUCUUUUGACCUCUACGCCAAAUAUGGCAACAAUCGUACGCUGAGUUUGGUAAGCCCGAAGAAACCGUAUUACCAGUGGAGGCUAAGAGUUCCCUCGGGUCAUGUUGUACGGUUAGACGUAGUCACCCUGCAGGGGGCGACACCUGGUAGCUGUUCAGCCAACAAACUCUCAGCAUACGACUUCCUGCUCCCUCUUCAGAACAAAAUCAUUGCCAGGUGGUGUGGAUUGCCAGUGACUGGAUCGUCUCCGGUGAUGAAGCUGACAUCCUCUGGAAACGUCAUGCUCGUCACUUUUUCGUUUAGUCGUCAGAGACAUGGCGCCAUCUUCAAGGCUUACUUUCAGGCCAUACCAAAAGCUGAAUGCGGAGGCUUUCUGUCAGCUUGGAAUGGUACCGUGGUGUCUCCUUACUAUCCUGCCAACUACCCUCCAAACGUGGACUGUAACUGGAAGAUCAGGGCUCCGCUGCCUGGAUACCUGCUAUCUAUAACCAUUGUGAUGCUGGAUAUCCAGGACUCACCCACCACCAGCAGCUGCGAGAAAGACUGGCUGGAAAUCGGAGGUGUCAAGCUGUGUAAUCCAAUUGGGGACAGCAGCAGGAAGAGGAUCUACUCCUCCCCUGUGUUACUGCACUUUCACUCCGACGAGUCUCUGACUCACAAGGGCUUUUACCUGGUGUACAGAGCCUUCUCCCCAGAGAGCACGUGUCCGAGGCAGUUCCGCUGUGGAGACGGACGCUGUAUUCCUCUGAGAAAAGUGUGUGAUGGAGAGAAGGACUGCGCGGACGGCCGGGACGAGGCCAAGUGCUCAAUGUGCAAACCAGGAGAGGUGUAUUGUGGGAGCGGGCAGUGCAAACCACACGGAAGCCAGUGUAACCUACAGGCUUGUGGAGACAGCAGCGAGGAAACAAACUGUGCAGGUAAAUGUUACCACAUGUGCUCUAACAAAAUAUGUCUGCCCAAGUCUUCUGUGUGUGACGGAGUCAUAGACUGCAAAGACCGCAGUGAUGAACUCAACUGUACAAGAGCAUAUAAAGGUUGCUCGCCGACAUCCUAUAAAUGUGCUAAUGGCAAGUGUGUCGCAAAGGUGAACCCAGAGUGUGACGGCAUCAAAGACUGCAAGGACGGUUCUGAUGAGAUACGCUGUGGUUGUGGCACUCGACCGAGGAAACGGGCGAAGAUCGUGGGAGGGACGGAUGCCCAGGCGGGGUCGUGGCCCUGGCAGGUGAGCCUGCAGAUAGAGCGCUAUGGUCAUGUAUGUGGAGCGUCGCUGGUGGGAAGUCGCUGGCUAGUCUCCGCCGCUCACUGCUUCCAGGACUCAGACGCUAUCAAAUACUCAGAUGCUCGUGCCUGGAGGGCCUACAUGGGCAUGCGAGUCAUGAACUCAGCCAGUAACGCUGCUGCUACACGCCAGAUCCGUCGGAUAGUCCAGCACACACAGUACGAUCAGUUCACCUCUGACUACGACAUCGCCCUCUUGGAGCUCAGUGCCCCUGUCUUCUUUAAUGAUUUGGUACAGCCCGUGUGUGUUCCAGCCCCAUCUCAUGCCUUUACUUCCGGCACCAACUGCUUCGUCACUGGCUGGGGAGUCCUCACUGAGGAAGGUGAGCUGGCCACCCUGCUACAAGAGGCCACAGUAAGCAUCAUCAACCACAAAACGUGCAACAAGAUGUACGACGAUGCCGUCACUCCCAGAAUGAUAUGUGCAGGGAGCAUACAGGGAGGAGUCGAUGCCUGUCAAGGAGACUCUGGAGGGCCUCUGGUGUGUCUAGAAAGGGGUCGGAGGUGGUUUCUGGCUGGUAUUGUGAGCUGGGGAGAGGGAUGCGCACGGCAAAACCGGCCUGGGGUUUACACACAGGUCAUCAAGUUCACAGACUGGAUCCACCAGCAGACUAAAGGCCAGGUGUGAAGCGUGAGAAAUAAACAGCUUGGAUUUCCUCAUGAUUUGCACACACUCUGUCGUUCUUCACAGACAACCAACCCGGACGCCAUGGUGUGUAGUGAUACAGCGUACUCCGUCAAGUUUUUAAGAAGGACCCCUCUCAGUCCAGGCCUCAUCUUUAACCACCUCAUACGUCUCUGUUUAAUAAUGCUCUUUUUUUUUUAUCAUGAACAAAACACACAGUGCACACAUUCAAAGCCUCGAACAAGAUUUGCAAAGAGUACAGCAUAUGCUGCAUCACUAGUACCAUACAUUUAAUCCUAUUAACAGCUUACAUGAGAUAAAUAUUAUUUAUAAAAGGCCAUAUAAUUAUACUACUGUGAAAUCGAUUACAAGUAAAAUAAUCAUAAUGAGCAUACGUCCCAAAGAAUCAUGAAGGAAGAAACACAACCAGAUGAUUUGCUGAUUCAUUGUAGAAGUAUUUACCUUGGUUUAGUCAUUUAAUUCUCAUAAUAAUAAUAAUAAUAAUCCCCUGACUCAUGCGGGUAAAAAAGAUCAAAUAAGGUAUAUUUUGCUUUUUUGUUUAGUUAGCAAUAUUUAGCUACCCAGAUAAUGACGCUUAUAUUCUACACACGUGUUUAUUUUUAAAGACAUAUGACCGAUUUUCUGUCACGUGCACAACUUAAAUGUAGGAGGAUUUAGAGAGUUUAUUGCUAAACCGAGGGUUCAGAUGAUUAAAGUGAGACGCCAGGUUUAUUAAACUGAUUACAGACUCCACAGUUUGGCUGUUUUAGCAUUACUGCUGUUACUCGAUCCCACAUGAAAGUCGGUGAGAGGAAAGACUACACCUUCCUGCGGGUCAUUGUCCUUAUUUCCUUAUUUCCUAUAUGCUGAACAACCUGAAAUCGAUAUCAAACGAUCACACUUUAUGUUUCUGUUACAUCUGAAAUAUUAGACCUAUAUUAAACAGAGGUGCUAUACUA